CGACAGCAUAUUUGAUGUUCUACCGUACAUCCAGUGGUCACGCAGGAGAACUUGACCGGCUAGUCGGCAAGUCACAUGAUUUUCAUGACACUCCUGUCUGCACGCGACUGGGAUCUGCUCGCAAAGGUUACAAUGAUGGGACCUUUUGUUUAACCCGAAAACUCGUUUGAGACGUAACGUAAAACUACACCCGUGCUACAUUCGGUGCCCCGCGAGACGGUGACACAGCCAGCACAUCCCGUCAUCAUGAGUCCCGAAGGAAAGUCGCUGCUCAACAUCAUCAUCCUCGGCUUCGGGUUUAUGUUCAUAUUCACCGCCUUUCAAACAUGCGGGAACAUCGAGCAAACCGUGCUGAAGAGUUACAACAGCUCAGACUUCCAUGGAACUGGAUACACCAGUAUGUCCAUCAUCUACGGCGUGUUCUCAGCCUCCAACCUCAUCGCUCCCUCAGUGGUGGCCGUCAUUGGUCCACAGCUGGCCAUGUUCUUCAGUGGUCUUCUCUACAGUGGCUACAUUGCCAUGUUCAUUCAUCCACUGACCUGGAGUUUCUACACGGCGUCGGUUGUGGUCGGCAUCGCUGCAGCAGUGUUGUGGACUGCUCAGGGGAACCUGUUGACCAUUAACUCCUCAGACAGCACCAUCGGCCGGAACAGCGGCAUCUUCUGGGCCCUGCUGCAGUUCAGCAUGUUCUUUGGGAACCUGUACGUCUACAUCGCCUGGCACGGGAAAACACACAUAUCAGAUAAGGACCGCCAGACGCUGUUCAUCUCCCUGACGGUCAUCAGUCUGGUGGGCAGCUUCCUGUUCUUCCUGAUCCAGCGGUCCGAGCCUGACCCCGUCCCCUCUGAGGGUUCCGAGUCCCUGUUGCCCGCGGAUACCUCACUCACCGACAGCAGCCCUGCAGUACUCUCAGCACGUCCCAGUUUAGGCUUCCAGGCCCUGGAUGCCUUCAAGAAGGCUCUGAAGCUCUUUGUCACCAAAGAAAUGCUGUUGCUCAGUAUAUCCAUAGCCUACUCAGGGCUGGAGUUGACCUUCUACAGUGGCGUGUACGGCACCAGUAUUGGUGCCAUGACUGUGUUUGGAGACAACGCCAAGAGCCUGAUCGGCCUUUCUGGCAUCUUCAUUGGCAUCGGGGAGAUCCUGGGAGGGGGCAUAUUCGGGAUGCUGAAUAAGUGUAACCGGUUCGGACGGAACCCCGUGGUGCUGCUGGGGCUGGUCACACACUUCGUGGCGUUCUACCUGAUCUUCCUCAACAUCGCCAGCGAUGCACCCAUCGCACCUGAGGAGGGGACACACCUGCAGGCCUUCAUCACGCCCAGUGCAGAGGUGGCCCUGUUGUGUAGUUUCCUGCUGGGUUUUGGAGACAGCUGCUUCAACACGCAGCUGCUAAGCAUUGUGGGAUACCUGUUCCGUGAGGACAGCGCCCCAGCCUUCGCCGUCUUCAAAUUCAUCCAGUCCAUCAUGGCGGCGGUGGCGUUCCUGUACAGUAACUACCUGCUGCUGCACUGGCAGCUGCUGGUGCUGGUGGUGACGGGCUUUCUGGGCACGCUCAGUUUCUUCCUGGCCGAGUGGCUCGCCGUCCAACGCCAGCGCGACUCCGACUACGACAGCAUCUGACCAAUCACACGCCAGCGUGACUCCCACUACCACAGCAUCUGACCAAUCACACGCCAGCGCGACUCCGACUACCACAGCAUCUGACCCCAACGGCCGACCCACCCUCGUGCACACACACACACACACACACAUAUAUACACACACGUGGGUGUGUGUGCUUGCCUGCCCAGGGGUGGGUGGCAGGGGCACAUGAGACGCUCUGUUCCGCUGUGGAAUGCCAGCUGUACCGCCUGCCUGAGCGCUCGGCCCAGACUCUCUUCAGCGCGGGGGGGGCAC